AGUGGCGGGCGGGGACUGACGGGGGGCGUGCAGGUGAGCUGACCGGCCUGGGUUCGCUGGCAUGGCAGAGGCCAGGAAGCGGCGGGAGCUGCUUCCCCUGAUCUACCAUCAUCUACUGAAGGCAGGCUAUGUGCGUGCGGCGCGGGAAGUGAAGGAGCAGAGCGGUCAGAAAAUUUUCCUGGCUCAGCCUGUAACCCUUCUGGACAUCUAUACAUACUGGCAGCAAACCUCAGAACUUGGCAAGAAGCAGAAGGCAGAGGCUGAUGCAGCAUUGCAAGCCAAGAACCGUGUGUCGGACCCCAUUAGCAGCUCAGAGAGCUCUGAAGAGGAGGAGGAGGAGGCAGAAGCUGAAACUGCCAAAGCCACCCCCAAACCAGCAUGUACCAACUCCUCCAUCACGGGCACGGAUUUGCCAUCAAGUGUGAAAGAAAAAGGCAAGGCAAAGACUGAGGCAGCUGGCAAGAUGAGGAACGCUAUGCCAAACCCUGCCUCUGUAAAGACAGUGGCCCACCUCCUCUCUGGGAAGUCACCUAAGAAGUCAGCUGAACCCUCAGCAAAUAUUACCUUGGUCUCAGAAACUGAGGAGGAGGGCAGUGUUCCAGCCAUUAGAGCUGCUGCCAAGCCUGGGAUGGUGUCAGCAGGCCAGGCCGACAGCUCCAGCGAGGACACCUCCAGUUCAAGCGAUGAGACGGACAUGGAGGUGAAACCCUCAGUAAAACCAGCCCAGGUCAAAGCCUUGGCUGUCCCUACCAAGAAGCAUCCAGCAAGAGGGGCAGCCGCAACCCCUGGGAAGGUGGGGGAUGUGACAGCCCAGGUCAGAGGAAGUGCCCUUACUGCAGCUAGGACAGCCAAGAAGCCAGAAGAGGAGUCAGAGAGUAGCGAGGAGGAGUCUGAAAGUGAAGAGGAGGCCCUCGCAGGGACACCCAGCCAGGUAAAGGCCUCUGAGAAAAUUCUUCAGGUUAGAGCUGCUUCAGCCCCUGCCAAGGGGACCGCAGGGAAAGGGCCCACCCUAGCACCCUCUGGGAAGGCAGGGCCUAUAGCCACUCAGGCCAAGGCAGGGAAGCCAAAGGAGGACUCGGAAAGCAGUAGCGAGGAGGAGUCGGACAGUGAAGAGGAGAUACCAGCUGCCAAGGCCCCGCUUCAGGCAAGGCUCUCAGAGAAGGCUCCCCAGGUCAGAGCUGCCUCGGCCUCUGCCAAGGAGUCCCCCAGGAAAGGGGCUGCCCCCGCACUCCCUGGGAAGACAGGGCCUGCAGCUGCCCAGGCCCAGGUGGGGAAGCAGGAGGAAGACUCAGAGAGCAGCAGCGAAGAGUCAGACAGUGAGGGGGAGACCCCAGCAGCUGCGAGCCCAGCCCAGGUGAGGCUGGAGGACACCCUGUACGCCCCACGCCCAGCCUUGACAGGCCUCUAUGGGGUUUCCUUCUCUGUACCUAGUGCCCAGUACAGCUCCGCUUGCCUCUCACCUGUGUCUUCACACAUAUUCUCCCUCUCUGCCCCCUCCCCUGAUCCUAUUCUUUGUCACUCCCAGGCAAAGCCCUUGGGGAAAAACCCCCAAGUGAGACCUGCCUCCACCAUGAGCGUGGGGCCCUCUGGGAAAGGUGCCAUCCCAGUAUCCCCUGGGAAGGCAGGGACCACAGGCCCAUUGGCCCAGGUGGGGAAGAAGAAGGACCCAACAAGCAGCAGUGAGGAGUCGGAUAGUGAGGGGGAGGCACCCAUGCCUGCCGCUCUGACCCAGGCAAAGCCCUUGGGGAAAAACCCUCAGGCCAAAUCUGCUUCGGGUCCUGCCAGGGGGCCCUUGGGAAAAGGGACUGUUCCAGUAGCCCCUCAGAAGGCAGGGCCAGUGGCCACCCAGGUCAAGGCUGAAAGCUCUAAGGAAGACUCAGAGAGCAGUGAGGAGUCGUCUGGGAGUGAGGAUGAGGCACCAGCAGCCAUGCCUCCAGCUCAGGCAAAACCAGCUCUGAAAACUCAGACUAAGGCCUCCCCAAGGAAAGGUGGCACUCCUGGUACCCUCACAUCUGCCAAGGUCACCCCUGUGGGUUCUCAAGCCCCCAAGAAAGGAGCAGCAUCUUCUCCAGCUGUGGCCAGGAGUGUCCAGAGACCAGAGAAGGACUCUUCAAGCAGCGAGGAGUCGGACAGUGAAGAAGAGGAGACAGCCCCUGUGGCAGCAGCAAAGUCUACGGGGAAAGGCCUCCAAGUGAAAGCUGCCUCAGCACCAUCCACGGGGCCUUCAGUCCUCCCUGGAAAGAUGGGACCUGCAGUCACCCAAGUCAAAACUGAGACACAGGAAGACUCUGAGAGCAGUGAGGAGGAUUCAGACAGUGAGGCUGCAGCUCCAGCUCCAGCACAGGUAAAGGCCUCAGUGAAAACCCCUCUGGCCAAAGCCAAUCCAGCUGCCACUAGAGUCUCUUCAGCCAAAGGGGCAACCUCGGCUCCUGGAAAAGGUGUCACCACAGCUGCUCAAGCCAAACAGGGGUCCACAGCCAAGGCAAAGACACCAGCAAGAACCCUCCAGAACAGUGCCCUCUCAGUGAGGGGCCAGGCAUCUAUGCAAAGUGUGGGGAAAGCAGGAGAGGAGGACUCAGAGAGCAGUGAGGAAGAGUCAGACAGUGAGGAGGAGGUGCCAGCUCAGGCAAAGCCUUUGGGGAAGACCCCCCAAGUCAAAGCUGCCUCAACCCCUGCCAAGGAGUCUCCUAGGAAAGGGGCUAUCCCCAUGCCUCCUGGGAAGACAGGGCCUGCAAACACCCAGGCCCAGAUGGGAAAGUGGAAGGGAGACUCGGGGAGCAGCAGUGAAGAGUCAGACAGUGAGGGGGAGGCCCCAGCGGCCGUGACCCCAGCCCAGGUGAUUAAAACCCCUCUGAUUUUUGUCGACCCUAAUCGUAGUCCAGCUGGCCAAGCUGCUACCCCCGCACAAGCCCAGGCUGUGAGCACCCCGCGGAAGGCCCGGGCCUUGGAAAACACAGCCAAGAGUUCCUCAUCCGAGAGCGAGGAUGAGGACAUAAUCCCUGCUACGCAGUGCUCGACUUCUGCCAUUAGAACCAACAUGACUGUGCCCACUGCUCACCCAAAGACAGCCCCCAAAACCAGCAUUGCUAGAACCAGCAGCAACAAGAAACAGGAGGGAUCAACUGCUCAGGUUGACAGUGCUGUAGGAACAGUCCCUGUGACAGGUCCCCACAGCGCCCCUGUCCAGGCCGGAAUGACCAACAGUCUCAGAAAACGUAAGCUUCCUGAGGGCCAGCAGGCCACAGCCAAUCCCUUGGGACAUCCCAAGGCCAAAGCCCCUGGGAGCUCAGAUGACAACGAGGAUAGCAGCAACAGCUCUUCAGAGAGUGAGAAAGAUGCUGAAGGACCCCAGAUGACCAAAUCAGCCCACCAGCCAGUAGGUCCAGCCACCUCCAGCAGGGAGACGUUGGUGGAGGAGACCACAGAAUCCAGCGAGGAUGAGGUGGUGGCACCUUCCCAGUCUCUCCUCUCAGGUUAUGUGACCCCUGGACUAACCCUAGCCAAUUCCCAGGCCUCAAAGGUGACUCCCAGGCCGGACUCCAACCCCUCAGUUUCAUCAACUCUAGCCACCAAAGGUAACACAGAUGGCAAGCAGGAAGCAGAGCCCCAACAAACAGCAGGCACCAUGUCCCCUAAAAUAGGCAGAAAAGAGGCUGCUUCGGGCACCACUCCUCAGAAGCCCCGGAAGCCCAAGAAGGGGGCCGGGAACCCUCAAGCCUCAACAUCGUUAUUGCAGAGUGACAUUGCCCAGCGUCUCCUGGGAGAGCAGUGGCCUCUGAACGAUGCCCAAGUGCAGGCCUCGAUGGUAAAGGUCCUUACAGAGCUGCUGGAGCAGGAAAAGAAGAAGGCCAUGGAUACCAACAAGGAGAGCAGCAAGAAAAGCCGCAAGCGGAAGCUGUCAGGAGAUCAGCUGGCUCCCAAGGCUCCCAAGAGCAAAAAGAAGAAACAGCUGGCCUCUGGAGAAGGUGGGGAGGACACUGUAUCCCCAGGAAAGGCCUCCAUGACUUCCAAGGGGAAAGCAAAGAGAGACAAAGCAAGUGGUGAUGUCAAGGAGAAGAAGGGGUCUCCUGGCUCCCAGGGGGCCAAGGACAAGCCAGAAGGGGAGCUUCGAAAGGGGGUGGUAAAGGUGGAGGGUGGCGAUCAAAGCAACCCAAAGAUGAAGAAAGAGAAGAAAAAAUCUGACAAAAAAAAAAAGGACAAGGAAAAAAAGGAAAAGAAGAAGAAAGCAAAAAAGACCUCAACCAAAGACCCUGAAUUACCAAUUCAGAAGAAAAAGAAGAAAAAGAAGAAGACAGCAGAGCAGAACGUGUAAGGGUCACAAGCACAAGGCGCAGGGAUCUCUGAGCCAAGCGGUGACCAUCCCAUGCCUCUGACCUCGGACUACCUUUGCCGCCAUGGGUUAGAACUGAAUUUUUAACUUCUCCUUCCAUAGAAGACAAUGAGUGGCUGUGGGGUCCCUAUGCUGGCCAAGCCAGUGAGCCUGCAGAAAGACUGGUCCCAGGAGGAUGUGGCCCAGCUCCCAUGACCUUGCCCUGCCCGCCCCCAACACAGGACGCUUCAUAUAGAUGUGUACAGUAUAUAUAUAUUUUUUUAAAUGACCUGCCUCUCCCCCAACAACUCAAAAUGUCCAAGGCCUCAGGACUUUCCACCCAAGAAAGUCUCUGCCGACCCAGCUAGGCCCAACCUGCAGCUCGUCUCAUGCCACGUGGUCUCAGCUCAUCCUGAGGCUUUGUCCUCCUGUCAGUUUUUUCAGUUGUGUUGUUGUUUUUCAUUUGUUUUGUUUGGCUGGGUUUUGUUUUUUAAGAACUCAAAAAAUAAAAGACUUGCAGGAAAAAGUGCAAGUUUCCAGUGCAUCUAGGGCAAACGCAUUGAGUUGGCUUAUAUUUGGAAGGGAUGGUGUGGCCGACACCCACCAUUCCUCCUUGACUCUGUUUCAAGGCUCUGGGAUACUAUGGCAGCUGAGACAGGCAGUUUGCCAGAAAGAGACUCAAGGAAGCACCCUGAGGGC